AUUUCCUAUUCUUUCAGAGUUGGCUCGUGAUGUGUUGGCCAUUCCAAUUUCUAGUGUGGCGUCGGAAUGUGUGUUUAGCACCGGUGGUCAUAUUCUUGAUUCAUUUAGGAGUUCAUUGACUCCUAAAUGGGAGCAAGCUCUUAUUUGUGUUCAAGAUUGGUUUAGAGAAGAGAAGAAUCCUAUUAGUGUUGAAGAAGACUUGGAGUAUCUUGAGGAACUUGAGCUUGCUAUGGAAAAUAAUGGAAGCACUACUACCAUUAUUUGAUCACUUUGAUGUAUAGUUGCAACUUGAGUGGUUCAAGUUCAAUCAUGCCCCGUGCUCCUAAAGUACGCUCUCAUGUUUGGGAACACUUCCAGAAAUCCGUAUUCAAGCCUAAGUUGAUUUUGUUGCUACUUGCCUUCUUAUUAGUUAAACUUACAACUUUAUGUUGUGCGGAAUGGCAGUAGCCAGUUGGUUUGCAAACUUUGCAUAAUGUUGUUGCUGUGACUUGUGAGCCUGUGACACUUUAGUUGUUAUUACUUAAAGUGUAAACUUGAAUUCUGUUUGGCAGGUUUGUCUAUGUGUUUUUGUUGCAUUGUGUUUAAUGCUGCUGCUACUCAUUAGUGGUUGCAUGAUGCAUCUGCGUAAAGUGUAAGUUUGAAUUAAAAUUUCUGCUGCUGGGUUGCUGCUCAUAGUUCAGUAUGAUUUUACAGUC